CUCGCUUCUUGGAGUUCCCACUCGUCAUCACCACUGACUGGCCCUGGGCUUCUCCCCUUCUCUUUUCAUUUGGUGUGCAUCCGCCCUCAAAGAAACUCUUCUUUUUCUUUUUUAUUUCCUUUCCUUCCCCAUUCCCGUCCAUUUUUCAAUCUGACGACGACCGAAUCCGCCCAAUUUCUUACGAAGGUCUUUCCGAAGUACUUUCGAGACCAGCGAACAAAUUCAGUUUUGUUUCGUUGACCAGUCGGGAUUCAGUUGGCGCACGCUGUUUUUUUGUUGUUGUUUUGGCUUGAGCCCACACGCCUUUUCCUUGUCAGCUCUGACGAUUGCUGUGCAAAAUUUUGAGAGCUUUUUCAGUGGACCAAACCCUUCGAUCUUCGACAAAAGUCCUCACGACGGAACAGACUGAGAUUUUGGAAUCGGAUCACUUCACCAAGUAACGAUCGUCUCUCGAUAAUUGUUUUUGACGUCGUUGCCACUCAAACAAAACAAAAAGUAGCGUUACGACUAUCGGCAUAACUUCCUCUAAUACACCUCCACAUUCCUUCGAUAAACACGCAGAUUUACGAUUAGUUUCAAUUUUUCUUCUGGUUAUACAAGACGCAACAACCAGUCACCCACACUACCAUCACCCGUCAGCGCGUCCAUCAAUUCGGAGUCCCAGAAAAGAUUAAACGCCGACGGACGAGCUCAGUGAGAUCUCCGUGACCGGGAAUCCAUAUUGACCUCCAGUCAAAUACAAUCGAAGACUCCUAUGGCUGGUCUUUUCAACUAAUUUUACCAUCCCUAUACCUUCCUCCGUCAUCGUUAGCUCGCCUAUCUGCAAGCCUUGGGAAUACUGCCAGCAGGUCGUGAUAACCAAUCUGCUGAGCUUGUUUUUCAGGUGCUCCCAGUAGCUAGAGUUCUCGAUUUGACACCAUCUGUACCUCGACCUCUUCAAUCGAGUACCAACUCCAAUAAUCUGCCCAACAUGCCUGGCGGAGUCUGUGCUGUUCUCGACUACGAUGUCGAGAUGAUGGCGGAGUAUGUUGCCUCGAUGGCCACCCGCUUGACGCUCGGCAAUGUGCCCGUCUCGCCGCCCUUCCAGAAGUUCGUGUCGCAGAUCCUCACAUCUACUCGACUUCCUAGCACGACAAUUCUGUUGGGAAUGAACUACAUGGCGAAGCGGAUCAACAGCAUGGCCCAGCGACAGGGUGAACCGCCAAAGUUCAACGACGGCCAGGUCUGGAGGAUGCUGACCACUGCUUUUCUUCUCGGGAGCAAGUUUCUUGACGACAACACCUUCCAGAACAAGUCGUGGUCUGAGGUCAGUGCCAUUCCAGUACAGGAACUGAACACUUUGGAGAUGGAGUGGCUUGCGGCUAUGGAUUGGCAGCUUUACGUCAACCUGGACUCGACUGCCGACUACACUGCUUGGUUGACCAGUUGGGCUCAAUGGAAAGAAGACAAGGAGCGACAGAAGGCUGCUGAGAGAGCUGCUGCGCGUGAGCGCCACAUGUCUGCCGUCCCCAGAAUCGACACCGAUGUCUUCGCUUUCCACAACCCGGCCUGGCGCCAACAGCAAGUGGCUGAGUACGAACGUCUUCAGAGUCUCAACCAAAAACGGACGGAGCUGUCGCCACCCAGCAGUGUUUCUGGACAUAGCGCAUGGUAUUCUGAGCGACCUGUCACUUGGGGCCAUCCAUUGACUCCUCCGGACUCUGGAUACGGUACUCCUGACUACAGCAUCAACUCGGCCGCUAGCCACAGCGCUCAGUACAACGAGUGGUUUGCACGAGGCAUCGCAUUUAACAACUACGGGCCCUCUCGUCAAGCCGCGUAUCAGUAUCCCAACUCGCACCGGAACUCGUAUCAAAACGUUUGCCACUCUGCUCGCCAGCCCGCAUCGGCACACCCUGGUUAUUACGGAUGCAACAACGGUUACCACAACAUAUGGGAUGCCAACGGCAUGGACUGCACAUCCUGCACCAGCUCGACUCACCACAAGUCAAUGCAUCACUUUGGAAUGCCCCACACACAUGGCUUCGGUCAGCCUGUGAUGGGCUAGACAGAUCUCACAACAGCUUGACUUGAGUGAAGUCAGUCACCAACAUGGUGCACCCGCUGGCGAUUCACUCUUUCAUAUCGCCUCGCCUUUUCCCCUUGGGCAAGCAACCAGACUUGUCUAUCUUUUGCAUUUUUACGUUACGGAGUCAUUUAUUUGGAGGAAAAAAAUCGAUACAUUUGCAUUUCAGAUACCCCCCGAGGCAACCAUCUUUCGAGCCGAGAUCUGUCCACGCUCAUCCAUCCCCGGGCCGCAGGCGAAGUAGCAUCUGGGAUCUCCCAGCUACCUCGUACAGUGGGACACGCUGCGCUUGAUGGAUGGCGACAGACGACUUCUUCUGGGCCGGUUUCUCGAGGCCUCUCCCUGCCUUAAUCAUUUUUGUGUUUUCUUAUUCACUCAACUUUCUCGGUAUAUUGGGUCGGCGAUUUAUUCCCAUUGCUUGGCGUUUACCGGAUCUAAUUUCUGAAUCAAUCUUUUCCUUCACUCGAUCUCGCCAGCUUCAUCGAAUCCAGAGCAAUUUCAUGUCUCUGCUUCCCUGAUGCUCAAGAUCAUCGACGAGCGUCUUCGACUGCUUGGUGUGGAAUUUUGGCUACUUUUGGCGUUUUACGAGCAAUAUUACCGUUCGAGUGGAGCUCCUGGGUGUCACAAAGUCACCCACAAGAAGCAGACGUGAACUAGUGUAUAGUGUCCUGCGCCAAUACCGUCGGACACAAGAUCUGGUAUUGAACAUUCGAUUAUCCAGAGACCGUGGGCUGCUCUCCAACCCCCACUUUUGCCUCUGGAACGAGGCACAUAAAGAGUCUGUACCCACGGGUGUGAACGUCUGCCUCGCUGCAUACGAUCCCCCACCACACGAAGACGAUUUUCCCACAUCACGCACAGUUCACCGUCACGCAUAGUACUUCAAUUCGCUAUGUACUACUUACGAACACUCUUCCGAGCCGCACAUUGCCCGAUUGGAUCUGCUUAUCAACUCAAAUACCUGUUGCCUACGACAUAGGGAUAGUACCCAAAGUCUGCGCAUGAUACUGGUUACCUGGGCUGAGAUUCGGAACUCAAGUCUGGGGUUUCUAUUUUGCUCAUUUCUUUUUCAAACGGAGUUGAUAAUUCUAGAAAGGGAUUGCUUGGGAGUGAUUGACAACUGCUUCUUUUCUGACUUUUUUCACAUUUCAAAUUCCCCCCUAGUUGUUCGGUCUUUUUUUUUUGGUUUCAUGGGAAGCGGGAUUUCAGUUUAUAUAAGUGCGGCAAGAUUAAGGGCACGUUUCUGUCCAGCCUUGAAUCUUUUUCCCCGUCAUAUUUCUCUUUUUGCAUUUUCUUUCACUUUGUCUCUCAUUCCUUGGGGCGCUCCGCUAUGAUAUGAGAUUACGAAAAGUUUGUGCUAUCAGCGAAAUUCAUAGAAACGGCCAUCCCCCAAUUGUGGGAAGGGUCAUGAAGAGGAGGAACUCGAGUGGGCACCCACGAUGUUUCUUGCUCUACUUUUUUUAUACUUCUCGCUCUCCAGAUUCAUUCGCAUGCAAGGGUUGAGUGGAUUUUUGAUUGUCUGCGGGCAACUGAAUCUUGGUGUUCAGUCUUGCGUGGAGUCGCGGAGUUGACUUUUAUAUUUAUCGUUUUUUCCUUUGUUGCUUUGGCUGAUGGGUUGGUUGUUUGGGAGCGCAAAGGCACAAAACUGGCAAAGUCAUAUAACAACAACAAAAAAUGGAAUUAAACAAACAAGAUAAUACACACAAAAAUAUGAUUAUCAUCACCCGG